CUCCCAGCCAGGACACACCUUCCCUGGAUCCAGCUGUUGCCCCAGGCUUCCCAUAGAAGGACCCUGCUUGUCACUGGAUGCUGUCGCCUGUGCUUGGGUCACUUUGGGAUAAUAACUUUUCACUGCCUGGGAAACUUCUCUCCUGGAGCUGAGAUUCUACUUUUUUCUGGUUUCCAGAGCACAGGGAGAGGGUUGAUUUGCUUCCAGGGUGAGGGUCUUUGGGCAAGAGGACUUCCCUCCUGUGCCCUCUCACCUGGCUUGGUGUUUUGUGUGGUCAUUCUCUGGAAGGUUGUGAAGAAACAAAAGUUUUGAUGUUCUCCAUCCAGGAUACACUCUCCCGAGGAGGACUGAGCAUGAAGGAAGAGCCACUGCCUGCUGGGUUGUCCUCUGUCAGAUCAUGGAUGCAGUCCUCAGGAAUCCUAGACUCCAGCACCGCUGCCCAGAGUGGAAUCGGCCUGGCAAGAGCUCAUUUUGAGAAGCAACCUCCUUCCAACCUACGCAAGUCCAACUUCUUCCACUUUGUCCUGGCACUGUAUGACCGGCAGGGACAACCUGUGGAGAUCGAGAGGACGUCUUUCAUUGACUUUGUGGAGAAAGAUAAAGAACAAGGUGGUGAGAAGACGAACAAUGGAAUCCAUUACCGACUGCAGCUGCUGUACAGUAAUGGACUCAGGACAGAACAGGAUCUGUAUGUUCGGCUCAUUGACUCCAUGUCAAAACAGGCAAUCAUCUAUGAAGGGCAAGAUAAAAACCCGGAGAUGUGUCGUGUGCUCCUCACGCAUGAGAUCAUGUGCAGUCGAUGCUGCGAUAAAAAGAGUUGUGGAAACCGUAAUGAAACGCCCUCCGAUCCGGUUAUUAUAGACAGGUUCUUCCUAAAGUUCUUCCUGAAAUGCAACCAGAACUGUUUGAAAAACGCAGGGAAUCCUCGUGACAUGAGGCGGUUCCAGGUUGUCGUUUCUACAACAGUGAAUGUGGAUGGCCAUGUCCUUGCGGUGUCGGACAACAUGUUUGUGCACAAUAACUCUAAGCACGGUCGCCGAGCUCGAAGGCUAGACCCCUCAGAAGCAGCCACUCCUUGCAUUAAAGCCAUAAGCCCAAGCGAAGGCUGGACCACCGGAGGGGCCACAGUAAUUCUCAUAGGCGACAAUUUCUUUGAUGGGCUGCAGGUCGUGUUUGGUACAAUGCUGGUUUGGAGCGAGCUUAUCACUCCUCACGCCAUCCGUGUGCAGACACCGCCGAGACACAUCCCGGGAGUGGUGGAGGUUACGCUGUCAUACAAGUCUAAGCACUUUUGUAAAGGAGCCCCAGGCCGGUUUGUAUAUACAGCUUUGAAUGAGCCAACAAUUGACUAUGGCUUUCAGCGGUUACAGAAGGUGGUCCCGAGGCACCCAGGAGACCCAGAGAGACUGCCUAAGGAAGUCUUGCUGAAGAGGGCAGCGGAUCUGGUGGAAGCUCUUUACGGCAUGCCACACAAUAACCAGGACAUUAUAUUAAAGCGAGCAGCAGAUAUAGCCGAAGCCUUAUACAGCGUUCCACGCAAUUCAAACCAGCUCUCGUCUCUGACAGCUAAUCAUCCCCACUCAGGCAUGAUGGGAGUCAACUCCUUUGGGAGCCAACUGACCAUCAAUAUUGCAGAAUCCUCCCAGGCCUCUGACCAAGGCUACUCAAGGAACACAAGCAGCGUCUCCCCACGAGGGUACGUACCCAGCUCCACCCCUCAGCAGUCUCACUACAACACCAUCACUUCCACCAUGAAUGGCUAUGGAGGGACAGGAAUGACCACCCUGGGGGUACCAGGGUCACCAAGCUUUCUCAACGGCUCCACAGCCAACUCACCAUAUGCAAUAAUGCCUUCCAGUCCCCCACUUGGGGCAUCUUCCAUAACGAUACCAUCCAGCGGCAACUCAGCUACCCCUUCCGGUGUCUUCUCCUUCUCGCCCGUCAACAUGAUCUCAGCAGUGAAGCAGAAAAGCGCUUUUGCACCAGUAGUGCGGCCGCAGACCUCCUCUCCGCCAAACUGUACCAGCUCCAGUGCCAACAGUUUGCAAGCUAUGUCUGGGUUGAUAGUGCCACCGAUGUAGAAUAAAGAGCCGGGAUAUCUCAGAGGAUUGUACCACAAGAAAAAACAUCUUUUCUCUAUGGACUCUCCAGUUAAACUGGUGUGUGAGCCUUUUACCUAGUUUGAAUACAAAGUCUGCUUUUCUUGAGCUCUUGAAAGGGACGUUACCACGGUCACCAUGAGCAACAGGAAUAUUGGAUGACCAAGCAAUGUAGAUCCAUAAGGGUUCACAUUUUUGGGUGGCAUGGUCUUUAUGAAAUUAAAUAUGCCAUUUUCCCAUCAGCUACUUCUCUGCUGGAGGGAUCUGCAAUGAAUUGAAAAGGGUACUCUGUGCCUUUUCAUACCUACCUUUGAUAAUGGAUUCUCAUAUAGGACCAAAAAAACUUUUUAUUUCCUUAUAUCAUCUUAUGAACAUUUAUUUCCUAUUAAAGUGAAUUAACUGGAAUUUAUCUCCAUUGAUUAUGGAUCAUGCCAUUUAUAUCAUAAGGACCAUUACUUUUGCACUGAGAUCUUUCCCUCCUCACCCUUCAUGGAAACUGGAAGGAAUUUUGACUCUCAACAGCAGAACUGAUCAGAAAUUAAAUCCCCUUGUCCAGAGCACAAUAUCCAAGGUGGGGAACAGCUGGACCAUUACUUCAGCUUUGUGAAUAAUAGGAAGGACUUAUCCCAUAUUUGUAGCAUAUGCAUAUCAUUAUAAUUAAAAAAGGGAAUUAAAUGACUGUCCCUUUUGGCUUUGUGCCCUUCCUCCAACCCUGCACUGUGAUACCUGAUAUUUUAGUACGUAAAAAUAUUUACCAAUUUUUAUUUCAAUGUGAGACAUUAAAAAGGUCUUUCUGUUCUUUCCCCUGUUCACUCAUAAGUAUGACAGUAGCUUAUAAAUGCUACAUUUACGGUAACAAGGGACUUAGGUCUAAUCUUUUGCCAUUAUUGUUAUAGGUUGGUGAAAAUUUAACUGCAGCAGUGGGAGGGUUCUUUCUUAAUGAGGCUCAAUCUAUAUAAGCAUUAAACUGUGUGACAUUGAUGGGGUCUGAUAACACUUUCUGUAAUGGGAUCUAGACAGAAGCACGCAAGAUUUUUGUAGCUACCAUUACAUAAUAUAAUGAUAGUCAGCCUCACAACUAACAAUGUCACUUCUGGACAACAAUGGGAACAGACCUAUGCACUGUAGGUAGGUCUUCCUUCUGUCCAGCACACAAGUCCUUCCUCUUCAUAUAGGACGUCACAUAUACAGGAUCUAUCUUACUGCCCACAUUCCAGACAUCUAGACCUUAGGCAUGAAUAUAAAGGGCUAGUUUGUGAACGUAGGGUGUGCGGUUUUAGGCAGAGUCAUUAGUACCAUUUCCUGCAAUGGUAAAGGUUUUAUACAAUAGAUUCCCCCUUUCCCACUUAUCAGGCAGCAAUGGCAUUAUUUAUAACUACAAAUAUUUAUUUAUUCCCAUCUCUAUAUACUGGUUGACAGUCUUAGGUGUUCCUGUAGCCAUCAGAACCUGCUGAUGUGUUUAUUUACGUGCAAUAAAUAACAAAUAGAACAGAUUCCUUAUUGGGAUGUUCAUUGGAUACUGCCAAGAUGGCGGUCAUAUACUUGUUUUAGGGGUCAUCAAAUGUACCUUUUUUACCAAACCUUUAAAAGUACCAAAAUCUAUAAAGUGUUUUUGGAAGUGUAAUAUUUAUUAUGGAUUUGUUCAAAUGCGUUUCAAAAAGUAACCAAACACUUUCUGUCCCGUACAACAGCGCUUACUUUGUCACAUUAAGUUCCCCUUUCACAAUAGAUAAACUUGCUCUGUACAAAUGUAUUUUUCUGUUUCUCAUAUACUCUAAAGAGAUCUAAUCUGGAAUCAUUUCUCACAAUGCUACAGUGUCUGAUUUUCUGCAAGUUGCUAAAACCAUUCAUGAAUUCCGCACAUAACAUUCCAAAAUAAGAUUAUUGGAUGGUAAAGUCAGCAAAGGAUUUCCACAUUGUUCCAAAAUGCAGAUUUAAGUGCAUCCCAUAAAUAAAAGGAAUGUUUUACAUUUGAAAUCAAUUAUUGUGUUUCAGAACAAAAGGUCAUUCUUUCUUGUCAGAUUAUUAAUAAAAUAAAAACAAAAUAA